UAAGCAAGAAACAGUAGAAUUUAUCAAGAAAAUAUUAUAGAGGAUAUGGUUUCUUUAGAGCCGAAUUUCAUAGAUGUUUCUGGUAGUCAAUCACUUGAUCAAGAUUCUAAAAUUUUGGAUCCUAGUUGUAAUGGGUGUAAUUUGAUAAUUGAAGAAGGAUCUGUUGUAGCGUUUGGAGGAUAUAUUUGGCAUGUUAAUUGUUUUCGUUGUAUGAAAUGUAAUGCAGAAGUAAAUCAUGAUUCGAGUCUUUUUUUUCUAUAUGAUAAGAAUCCGGUCUGUGAAAAAUGUUUAUAUAGUUCCAAUGUAUGUAAUAAAGAUGAGGAAGAAUUUCGAGUUACAACAGAAAAUGAGGCCUAUGAAACAGAAUAUUUUCAGUGUAAUAUGUGCGGGAAGAAGGUUGAGGAAUUUGCAUUGGCCAAAACUAAUCAGAGAAAUUAUUGUAUUACAUGUUAUAAUAAGGUUACGCAAAAUAAAAAAAAUGAGAAAGAUAUAGAGUUAUCUGUUCCCUCAUUAUCUUUUAAUAAGUCUCUUCCUUCUAUUCCUAGCACAUCUACACUAAGUCGGCUUAAUUCGCAAACAUCUAUGGGUUCUGAGGCUACAGUUAAUGAUAAACCAGCAAAAAAACCAUAUAUAGAUCUUUUUUUUAAUAUAGAACAAACGGAACUUUUAAGUUUCAAUAAAAUUUUUCCUGAAUUUAAGGACGAGGAAGAACUAAGUCCUAAAAAGAAUUCAAAAAAUGAUUCGUUUGUUUGGCCAUCUUUUACCCCUUUAGACUUUUUUUUGGAUAUCCCGAAAACCGAGACGAAUUUAGAAACUAAGCAUAUUCUUAAAGAAGAGGAAAUUAAAAAUAAUACUACUACAGUUUCUUCUGAUACCUCUCUUUCACUACCAAAUCAUAAACGUUCUAUAGAAUUACCAGAAUUUCAAGAAUCAUUAAAAACAAAAGGCGUUCAAGAAGCUUCAAAACAUGUUAACGAAGAGCAUGUUAAAGAAAUAUUGAAGCAAUUUUCUAAAACAAAGAAAAGUGAUAAAAGUAUUCUUAAAGAAGAGGACAUUGAAGAACAAAAACAAAUUCCUAAAAAAAAGAAUAUUUCUAACAUCUCAUUGACGGAAAAUAGUGGAAACUAUUAUUCUUCUUCUAUAGAAAACAAUAUUCAGAAUACACAAUCUGAUUCUAGGCAAGUUAUGCCUUCCGACUUUUCUUUUAAAUCAUAUUUUUUACAUGAUAUUGAUAUGGCAGCACAGAAACAAGACAUCGAUCCUAAUUCUUCGUCUGUUGCAAAUGAAACAAAUAAAUUUGAGGAUUUUAGCUUUGAAUUAUGUAAUAAAAACAAUCCAAAAAACCUGGAAUUUACUACUUUACCUAAACAAAAUCUUAAUUAUAAUAAUCAAUCUGAAAUUUCACCAAAUCGUUCUGAUAUGAUAUCAACAUCUUCAUUUAAUAGCAAUUUAGAGUCAUCAAAAUCUUUCAUUAAACAUUCUAUACUAGAGGAAACUAAUAUUAAUCCAUUAACUUUCAAGAUUUCUAAUACACCUUCAAAGGAUUCAAAUACAAACUAUUCGGAAUUUCAACCAUUUCAAAAGAAUACCUAUAAUUAUCAAAACAAUUAUGUUAAAGACCAAAAUACACAAAAACAUUAUCUAAACCAAUCAUAUUCAAAAAUACUAAAUGCUAUACAUCAUAGAAGGAGUGCUAGUGAAUCUAAAAAAAAAGUAUCAAAGUAUAAUAUUUUCUCAAGAUCUCGAGUUCAUGAAUUUCAACAGCGAUCGUCAUUUAUAGAUUCAAAUAAUUUGAAUGGAGCUUUGAAUGGUUAUCAAGAUGGUUUGCAAAAAACUAUAAAUUUACCUCAAUUAGAAGAAUCAAGAAUGAAAGCUAUAAGUGAUGAAUCUAUUAUGUUAGAUAAAGAUAUCUUAAAAAAGAAGGCAUUGCUUGCAGAACUUGAUGCAAAGUGUGAAAUUACUCUUCGAGAAUUAAGAAUUUUUGAAAACGGACAAUUAAUUAACCAAGACAAUGUUUUAUCUAGAGAUGGCAUUUUUGUUGGUUCUAUUGUUUCGAAAUUGUCGGCAUCAUUAACAAGUCUUAAAAAUAAAUUUCAAUCAGAUAUAGAAACACUUAUUUUGCAGAGAAAUGCUUUAUAUGAAAAAAAUAUAGAACUCUUAAACAUAAAAAAUCAAAUAACUCAGAAAAUUCAUCAAUUAAAUUUAAAAAAAUUAGAAUUAACGGAUUUAAAUGAUAAACUUAUACAAAAAAUUCAAGAACAAUUUCGAGCUCAUAAGGAUUCCACAAAUAUUCCUUCACAAAUAGACACUUCAUUUGAUAAUCAAAAUGCGAAACCAUUACCUCCAAUAAUUACAUCUGUGUCUAAAUCAAGUAAUGAUAAUUUUGACUUAAUUUCAUGUACAGAAAGUCUUUCUACUCCAAUUAGCGAGAAAAUCAAAUUAGAAUAUACCGAGUCUAGUGAUGAUAAUUCAUCAUCAAAAACACAUGAUAAAAGUGAUAUUUCUAUCUUAAAAUCCAAGAUAUCUUCAUGGAAAAAAAACAGCUCGUUAGCUAGAAAUCUUGCUAAAGGAUUUAGUAGGAUUCGUUCAUCUGAAAGUAAUAUACAUAAUGGAUGCAAAGACGCCAAUCUUUCAGCUAAUUUAACUAAUCUUACAUUAAAAAACUCGGAAUCUAAUAACUUAAGGCAUACAUUUUCUACAUAUACAUUUCUUCGAAUUACUAAAUGUGAUUAUUGUGGAAAUAAACUUUGGGGUAAUGAAAUGCGAUGUUUAGGAUGUGGCAUACCUUGUCAUAUUAAAUGUAUUGGUGAUAUUACUACUAGCUGUAAUAGAAAUAUGAAAUGUUUACCAUACCAUGAAAAUGCUUCAUUAUAUGUGUCAAGUUCAGUGAAUUUACAUGUCCCAACACUUUUUGGUAAUGAUUUAACAAAACAGGUUCAGGCAGAAAAUAGAGAUAUUCCAUUUAUUGUAACGAAAUGCAUUGAUGAAGUAGAAAAAAGAGGAAUAUUUUUUGAAGGCAUUUAUCGUAAAUCUGGAAGUGCAUCACAGAUGCGCAUACUCAUUGAUGCAUUUAGUAAUAAUGAUAUUGACAAUUUAUCUCAAUCUGUAUUUGAAGAUAUCAGCGUUGUAACUAGCGUAUUGAAACAAUAUUUUCGUAAACUUCCAAAUCCUCUUAUUACUUAUGAAAUCUAUAUACCAUUUUUAGAAAUUAUUGCUUCUGAUAAAACUUCCAAGGAGAAGUUAAUGUCAAUAAAAAAUGUUUUAAAUAUUCUUCCUAAAGCACACUAUGACUGUUUAGAAUUUUUGAUAUUGCAUCUCUGCAGAAUCGUUGAACAUUCAGAUAAAAAUUUGAUGCCUUCGAAAAAUCUUGCAGUAGUUUUCUCCCCUACUUUGCUAAGAGAUGAAAAGGGUACACGAGAUAUUGUGGACAUUCAAAUUAAAAAUAUUGGUAUACAAUAUUUACUUGAUAAUUCAAAAAAUAUAUUUCAAAAUUCUUAAAGAAACAUAAACGCAUUGUAUAUAGCAGUCGAAACGUGUAAUUU